ACCUGCUUGCAGCGACACACACCAACUCAUGCCACCUGGAGAGAGACAGAAAGAGAGAGAGAGAGAAACUGCCGCUACAUGGAGUUAGAUACAGCAGCUGUGACACAUACCCAUGAGACUCUUGGAGAAAAUAUCUCCUCCGACAAAUGCAACAUUUUCUAAAUUUUGAUGCCUUCAGUGAGAAUCUACAAAGUAAAUAGUCAUGAACAUCAAGAAAAACCAUUUAAUGAGAAGUUCUUCUUUUGCAGAGCCAUUUGAGCAGGUGAAAUACUGUCAACCCUCACUCUAUAGACAUUUCUCUUAGGAAACAAUGUUGAGAAUUUGCACCAGAACUAUGGUAAAUGUUGGGAUGCUAUAUCCCUAUGGCUUGGUGAAAUCCUGUCACUUGGUGAAGUCUGUAUCAGCAUCUCUGGUUACUGGCAGAUACUUCACCCACCAGACAGGAUUGCCCAGUCUGCCUGUUCCCCCACUGCAGCAGACCUGUGAGUAUUACCUCAGCCUCCUGGAGCCCAUCGUAGAGAUGGAAGAGCUGAAACGCACAAAGGAGCUAGUAGAAGAGUUUCAGAAAGCAGGAGGUGUAGGAGAGAGACUGCAGAGGAGCCUGGAGAUGAAAGCACGCAACACUGACAACUGGUCAACAGGCUACAUGCAGCACAUUUUGUACGACAGCAACCGAGUCCCUCUGGUGGUUCAUUCAAAUGUUGGGGCGGUCUUUCCUCAAAUGGACUUCAAAGAUAAGGACGGACAAACAAGGUGUGCUGCCAGAAUGAUAGCGGCUGUUUUGGACUUCAAGACCAUGAUAGACAAUGAGACACUACCAGUUGAGUAUAUGGGAGGGAAGCCCAUGUGUAUGAAGCAGUACUCCCAGAUGCUAUCAUCCUGUCGUAUCCCUGGUCUGGAGAAAGACUCUCUGGUGUUCCAUGGCAAGAGUUCCAAUCCCCCCAAACACAUCACAGUGGUACAUAACUCUCAGUUCUUUGUGCUGGAUGUCUACAACAGUGAUGGGACUCCACUGACAGUUGAUCAGCUUAACGUUCAGCUAGAGAGAAUCUGCAACUCCUCACCAGAAAUCAACGCGGAGCCUGUCGGCAUCCUUACCACCCUGGACCGUGACUCCUGGAGCAAAGCUUACAUCAGCUUGAUCAAGGAUAAGAUCAACAAAGACUCACUAUCAACCAUCGAAAGGAGCAUCUGCACAGUGUGUUUGGACGGACCCAUACCUCAAGCAUCUGAUGAAAUGUACAACACAUAUGCUGGACUCCAGAUAAUGCAUGGAGGUGGAAGCCAGUGGAACAGCGCCAACCGCUGGUUUGACAAAACCCUGCAGUUAAUUAUUGGAGAAGAAGGAGCACAAGGUUUUAACAUGUCACAUUCUGCCGCUGAUGGUACAGUUUUUAUGGUCUUAGCUGACUACGUUAUAGCAUCCAUAAACAGGAAGAAGCCUGAGAAGAUACUGUCUCCUGUGGUGCCUUUGCCAAAGCCCCAGAAACUACACUUCAACAUCACACCUGAUAUCAAGAAAUACAUUGAAGAGGCAAAGCAGAGCAUGGACAUAAUUGCUCAAAACCUGGAUCUGAGGGUCAUGGUAUUCAGCCACUAUGGGAAAAAAGUUCUAAAGGAUCACAAGAUAAGCCCUGAUGCUUUCAUACAGAUGGCAAUACAAUUGGCCUACUACAGGAUGUAUCAGAGAUGCUGUCCAUCAUAUGAAGCUGCUUCCCUACGUACGUUCAGAGAUGGACGUGUAGCUGCAAUCUACUCAACCACCAGUGCCUCAGCUGCAUUUGUCAAGGCCUUUGAUGAUCCCAAGAAAAAGAAUACAGAGAAAGUUGAUUUAUUAGAGAAGGCUAUGAAAGUACACAGAUGGAACACUGGCAUGGCAAUAAGUGGACAGGAAGUGGACGGACACCUCAUUGGUCUGAGGAUGCAGGCUGUUGAAGAAGAAAUCUCUAUGCCCGAUGUUUUCACAGACAUCUCGUUUCAUAAAUUUUUGGAUUGCAGACUUUCUACAAGUCAGGUAACAUCAAAGUCUGGCUGUCUGCCGUGUGCUGGUCCUGCUCUAUUGGAAUCAUAUGAUAUGUGCUACAGUCUUACAAAUGUUGACAUCACCUUUGUAGUGACAGCCUACCACACCUGCAAAGAAAAUAACGCAGCACAACUGAUUCAAGUCUUAGAAAAUGCACUGUUGGACAUGAGGGCUCUUCUGGCCCAAAGUCCAAGAACCAACUGAAGCAAAUACAUAUUAAAGCAAAACAUUGAGGAAAAAUG